UCCGUCAUCAUGUCGGCAGCUGAGCGCGCGCUUGAGACCCCAUCAGAUUGGAGCUCUCAUCUAUCCAGACAGGAAGGGUAAACAGAUGGAAGACGUGACUGGACGUCCCGCCACAUCCACUAAAACUUUCUCAGACAGCGCUGGUAAAAGCUCGUCUCUCUCAUCUCCGUCAUCAGCGUCUCUCUCAGAGCUAAAAUGAGCGUCUGCGGUCCAUCUUCAUCACUCUCCUCCUCCUCAGCUCCUGCUAAAGUCCACCGCGCUCGCAAGACCAUGAACAGUCCGCCGUUCACACAGAUGUCGAUCUCAGCAGCUACACCUGAGAAACCCGGCAGCGACGCUGACACUGCUGUGAAGAAGCGUAAAGUGGAUUUGGACACUGAUGUGAAUCCUUCAGGAACGCCAGAGAACAUCCCGAGGCCACAGACAGAGGAAGAGGAUGGAUCCACAGGCCUCCAUCAUGCUGCCAAACUGGGAAAUCUGGAGGUGGUGCUGCUGUUACUGAGCACCGGUCAGGUGGAUAUAAACGCACAGGGUUAUGAGAACGUUCCCAUCCCGUGUGUUAACGGUGUGGACGAUGAAGGCUGUUCGUCUGACUAUAAAUACAUCGCAGAGAACUGUGAAACAUCCAUCAUGAACAUCGACCGCAACCUCACACACCUGCAGCACUGCAUCUGUUCAGACGACUGUUCCUCCAGUAACUGUCUCUGCGGGCAGCUCAGCAUCCGCUGCUGGUACGACAAGGAUCAUCGAGUUUAAUAAAAUCGAGCCUCCUCUGAUCUUCGAGUGCAACAUGGCCUGCUCCUGCCAUAAAACCUGCAGGAACCGAGUGGUUCAAGCUGAAAUCAAGGUGCGUCUGCAGCUCUACCGGACGGAGAAGAUGGGAUGGGGCGUCCGAGCGCUUCAUCUGCUUUUAAACAAAGUGCAUUGUGAAAAUUUGAAAACGACUGAAAAAUAUCCUGCCUAAAAGCAGCAUGCAUGCU